AUGCAUGUGCUGUACUGCCAUGACAAAACAAGCACUCUGCGAAUCGAGUCCCUCACGCCGGAAGCAGACAUAGCAGAAGCCGAGAGAAAGCAAGUUGGUGUGCCGCUGAGAGGGAGUGGUCAAGCACCCGGGCAGCACGCAAAGGAGUGGGCUAUAGGCCUGGUCCUGGAGAUCGUCCACUGUGAGCUCGGCCCGAAGCUCCCGCUGCUGCUGAAGGCCCUGGAGAAGAUCAAGCUUCGGCAGCUCCAUCUGCGGCACAACGAGCUGGUUGAGGAGGGCACCCGCCAGGUCAUCGAGGUCUUGGCUUUGCAGUCCAACGGGACGCUUGCGGCACUGAGUCUUGCCUACUACUGCAUCGGCGUCGCUAAUGUCAAGGCUNNGGCCUUCGCUCUGCGGACAAACAGCGCUUUGAUCGAGCUGAACCUGAGCCAUGCCUGCCUAAGCAGCGAUGGCAUCAUCGCUCUCGCGGAGGCAAUGAAGCAGAAUCGGACCCUCAAGCAGCUGAGCCUUCGGCGGCUCGAUCUGACGGGCUGCGAUUGGGGCGAUGUGGGUAAGGCCGCGGUGGCAUUGGUCAGGGCCCUCCAGACCGGCCAGGUGAAGGGCGCGGUCUCCCACCCGGCGCUGGAGUUCCUGUGCAUGUUGGAGGCUCGCGUGCUCUCUCUUUGA